UGUAGGCAGGAUCAGAGCAUUAAAAAGUGAAACGACGUAAGGGGAGGAGAAAGGAGAAGGACUCUCUCCCCGAGGAACCGCACGGGACGCUGCGCGGCUGGGAGAGAGAACACGCCUUCCCCCAGCGUUUUGGGACAGCUAAACCCAGGAACCAGUUACCCCAGCACGGCCCCCACCUCCCCCACACACACCAGCCCCCGGGGAGGAUCAGCACAUGGGACGCCGUCCAAGCCGACGCGGGCCGAACUCCAAGGCUACGGGCUGCUUGGGAAUGAGAGCGCAGGAGUUUCUGGAGAGGGGAGCUGGGCUGGACUCUCACCCGUGCGCAAGUCCCCGUCCGGGUGCUCAGGUCUGAUCAGAGGCUGAAAUCUUCGGGAGAAGGUCAGGCACCUGGGACAGUUAGUUCCCAGCUCCCCUCUGGGCAGUGAGCCCAAGCCACCAGCAUCCAGGAGAUACAGGUGGGAGCUGGGAUGGCAAAGCGCCCACCUGAUGUCAGGAUUAGCGGAAGGAGAGGAGCGGGCACAGAAAGCCAGGAGGGCCUGACAUCCAGCCAGCUGACCAUGGGCUCCCAGAGCAUCUGGCACAGUUCCCUGGGGACCGUCCUGCUCUUGGCCUGGCUGAGUGUUGGCUGGGGCAUCGGCAGCACUCAGUAGGGAACAGCCAGCAGGACCCUGGCGUUCGGCCUGGAGCCUCAGCCCCGCCAUCGGCGCCAGCCGGGCCGUGGGGAAUGGGGGCCAUGGGGAGGCUGGAGCGCCUGCUCCAGUACGUGUGGGGACGGCGCCUCCUUUCGCACCAGGAAAUGCAUCCGAUGCUGCCGCACAUUUUUCCAGUAAGUCGUCACAGCUCCUGCAUCCCACACGUCCCUGCCCCAAACGGGCGCGGCGGAGCCAGCCCUGGCCCCCCCGCCCCGGCUCCCCCCUUAGGGCACAGGGCCUAGGAUGGGACCCCCGCCGGAUGGAAGGCCUGGCAGCUUGGGAGCCGCUGCGCUAAGGGGCUUUUACCGCAGGUUCCCCGAAGAGAAGCUGUGUGCGGGGGAGCCCCGGCAGUAUCGAGUGUGCAAGCUACACGAGUGUCCUGGCAGCUUGGUGCCCUUCCGGGCCGUGCAGUGCUCUCUGUAUGACGGCAAGCCCAUCCCGGGGAGCCAGGCGAGGUACCAGUGGGUUCCUUUCCAUGGAGCGCCCAACCUCUGUGACCUGAACUGCCUGGCUGUGGGACACAAUUUCUACUACACCUUCGGCCGAGUGCUGGACGGGACCCGCUGCAGCCCGGACUCCCCGGAUCUCUGCAUCAGUGGGCAGUGCUUGACAGCGGGCUGCGACGGGCUCCUGGGGUCCGGCUCUCGGAGUGACGCCUGCGGCCGGUGCGAUGGCAGGAAUGACUCGUGCCUCUUCGUAAAGAGGGUGUUCCGGGCCGCGCUCCCCUCCUCCGGUUUCUUUGGGUACAAGAACGUGACGAGGAUCCCGGCAGGGGCGAUGCACAUCAAGGUCACCGACCGGAGCCGCAACUACCUAGCAGACCUGCACGCUGUGCCCCCCAGGACUCCCGCUCCCCCCAGCCCUCCCUCUCUCUCCCUCGGGCCGCUCCGCUGUCUCUCCACAGCACUGAUGAACGGGGAGCAGCAGUACGUGAUCAACGGGGACUGGGCCAUCGACUGGCCGGGCGCGUACGAGGUGGCAGGCACCACGGUGCGCUAUGCCCGGGACCCGGACAAUCACGAGACCCUCGAGGCAGCCGGGCCGACAGAGGAGGAUCUGCACAUCAUGCAGGUCCUGGUCCAGGAGCCGAACCCGGGCAUCGAGUAUGAGUUCUGGCUCCCCAGGGAGCGGCACGGGCACCUCCAGGGCGACUCCAGCCCCCUGCGACAGCCUCAGCCUAGAGACCUCGACCUCAACCCACCCACCGUGCCCCAGCCUGGGCCCUGGACUACGCUGGUGCCCUCCACUCACCUCAGCGUCAGGGACACGACCACAGAGAGGUCCCGGCGUGGACCCAUAGACACAGCUCAAACAGGAAGCUGCGGCAGGUGCCAGACGCCCAAGGGAAAGUCCCAGCGCAUCCGCCACUACUGCCAGAGUGACUUUGUGUUCCGGGCCCGGAUCCUGGCCAAGCGGCCGAUCGGGCAGGAGACGCGCUACGACGUGCAGGUGAAACACACCUACCGCAACCGCUUCCCCCUGGUGCACCGGGAGUACGUGUGGGUCUCCAACGCCUGCGACUGCCCCCAGCUGCUGGAGCGCCGCGAGUACCUGCUCAUGGCCCGGCGGCACGUCAACUACGAGCACACGCUCAACCGCAUCCUGCUGCAGCGCGGCAGCUACGCCCGGCCCUGGUCGCCCCGCGAGGACCAGCUGCUGCGGGACAUCGCUGGGCACUGCGCCCGGGGCAGGCCAGCGUGACCGGAUGGGAGCCCCCUCCCGCAGCAGCAUGGGAGAGCCCAGCCACGAACAGGGCUGGCAGGGAGCGGUUUGGGGGCACCCUGACCCGUUUCCACCCAGCCCCCCCCGUACAUACUUGGGGUGAAGCCACAAAAUGCGGGGUUCCCCUCAGCUCAGCCAGUCUGACCAAUGCUGCCUUCCCCUGCCACUCACCCCUGGGCUGGUUGGCUCCAAGGCAGGGCCCUGAUGCAGUCACGUACCCCUGGCCUAAAGUCACCUCCUUGCUCCGAGUGCAGCCGCACCCCUACCUUGAGUGCCAGCCAUGGGGGCGAGAGCUGGGGGCUGAUGGGACAGCGGCUGCUGAGAUCAGCCUGGGACGGAGGAAGGCAGAGGGUAAUCGGAACGGGGCGAUUUCAGCCUCCAGUCUCUUCCCGAUCCAUUGAGCGGGACCCAGCCAUGCUGCCCAAGGGGUAAAAUGGGACUGUGGCUUCCCAACAGGGCACAAUGUUCAAGUCCACACCUGGUGGUUGAGGGGAUGCAGGGCUUUAAAAUGGUACCUCCCAAGAGGUGCGAAUCCAGGCCGUGAGCCUUGCAGCAACCCAUUUACUAGAGGGGGGCCACCCUGCUUGGCCACCUCCCUGCAGCCCUGGCACAGCGAAAUCCAGGCGAUGCAGGGUGCAAAUGGCGUGAGAACCCAGACAUCACAUCCACCUCCACUAGCACGCCGUGCAAACACAGGCACCCGCUAGCCCAUCAUGCAAACCUACACAUGCAAACAGACACACACACACACAAACUCACUCUUCAACCCCCACAUGCACGCCAGCACCCACCCAAGUCCCACCCCUCGCACACCCAAACCCGUCUGGAGCGCCGAGCGCCCGAGGCAAAGCGUCUGUGUCUGUCUGUAAUUAACCCCACUCCCCGCCCCCUCUCCCUGGGCUGCUUUUCUCCCUGGGGAGCUGCUCUGAGUCGAGGCUCUGGGAUCAGACACUGCUGGGCUGCGCCUCCCCACCCCCACCCUGCACUGACGCCGGCCAUGUUCCUCCCCAGCUCUGCCCAGCAGUGAUAACACUUGAGUCCCCGGAAUCCCACCCUCAAGCCCACGGGAGGCGCCCUGGACUCCAUCUGCCCAGCCUGUCCCUUUGCCUGGGCCCACCAGCCCAUGCCAGGCAAGAUUCCCAGCUGGGCUUGGUCCUUGUUCCAUCUCCACCCUGCCUGCCCCACUCCCUGCGCCGGCUUGGAGCCGCACACUCCCUUCAGCCUAGGGGUGGGCUCCCAAGAGCUGGCAGAGAUGGGCACACUGUGAGAUGGGCACCUAAGGCGGGUGGGACAGCUAGAGAGGGGUGUCCCCCCCGUGAGGGUGCUCCUAGGACCAGGGCAGUCGGAGGAGGGUGCAGACACACCAAAACAUGCCAGCAGGUGCAGUGGGGGUGGGCUGUGCAGGACUGGGCAGGGCCUGUGUUGAGAUGGGCCUCUCAGGGGUGGGGGCUCCUGGGACUGGGGGCAGAAGGGGAAGGGGUCGGAGAUGGGCACAGCAGGAGGUGGGCCCUUCCUAAUGCCACCUGAAUGCGCUGCUAACCCAACACAUAGUCCAGACUUGCCCCUCGGUGGCGCUCCCUCUAAGACCCCUCUGCAGUCCCCCGGCCUGCUUCACCUAGGGGCACUGCCCGGCCUCUCGCCCAGGGAGAGUCAAGCCAAUGUGGGGCUCCUCUGGUGCCCCCCAUCCCUUCUCUGUGUUGUGUUAUUGGGGUAAUUUAUUUUUGCCAAAUAAAAUAUGUCGCCGUGUUUUUAAUUUAA